UUCCUGUCAUCCGCACAGCACGGAGCGCAGCGACGGGAGCGUUGGCGCUGGGACGCCCCCCUCCUCCUCCUCCUCCUCCUCCUCCUCCUCAAAGGAAGCAACGGCCAUCUGUGACCCUUUUUCCAUUUCAAACCCGUCACGUUAUUUCCCGCACACCUCCACGCGCACAGCUUCACUUGAUAAUCGAAAUCGCGUCUUACAGAGGAGCUGUAAGACCGCAAGGGGAGAAACGGCGUCCGCGCUCUGCGCAUAUUGCGCUCAGCCAUCGAGAGCAGCUGUCUGCGGAGACAGACUGCAGGCUCAUUAAGACGAAGCGGAUUUGAAUUAAGCACCGGAUAACAGACAGCAACUGUGCAUCCUUCAAAGGGGAAGGGAGGGAGGCAACGGUUUGUAUCUCUGGGUGAGGAGAGGGGGAGGAGGAGCAGAGGAGAAUGAGCUAUUCUUGUACCAGCAGGGGCAACAGCCAGGACACAUCAAGCGCGAAGAAGACUGCCGGUGAUAAUCCAGGUACAGGCACCGGAGGAGCGGACAGCAGCGGCAGCAACGACAGCCCGAAGAAAACAACCGCGAUGAGGGUGAAGAAAGGAUGCAACUCGACUGAGGCGGGAGUCCCGAUGACCAGUGAAGAGGAUCUGCUGUCCAGCGCGCUGGUCACUCCAGAAGAUGUUCUGGGUUUGCAGAAGAUCACAGAGAAUUACCUGUGCAGCCCGGACGAUAAUAUUUACAACAUUGACUUCACCAGGUUCAAGAUCAGAGACAUGGAGACCGGCACAGUGCUGUUUGAAAUCACCAAACCUCCAUCCACAGAUAAAACAGGCGACAAGCGGGAUAUUGACCCAAAUGCCGGCCGCUUCGUCCGUUACCAGUUCACGCCAGCUUUUCUUCGGCUGCGGCAAGUUGGCGCCACAGUGGAGUUCAUGGUUGGAGAAAUGCCCAUAGACAACUUCAGGAUGAUUGAGAGACAUUAUUUUAGAGAGAAGUUGCUCAAGAGUUUUGACUUUGAGUUUGGCUUCUGCAUGCCCAACAGCAAGAAUACGUGUGAACACAUCUAUGAAUUCCCACCUCUAUCUGAGGACAUUGUCAGAGAGAUGAUCCUGCAUCCAUACGAGACACAGUCUGACAGCUUCUACUUUGUGGACAAUAAGCUGGUGAUGCACAACAAGGCGGACUACUCGUACAAUGGCAGAACGUAGAGACGACGCACUGAUACAAGGGUCAGGUGGACGUAUGGACUUUCCUGAGGCACGGUCAGAGUAAACUGGUGCCGUUAACAUCAUUUUCUUCCCCUCUGUCUCUCUCUCUCUCUGUCUGUCUCUCUCUCCUGCUAAGACAAUGCCAACCUGAAAUGACUCAUGCAGCUGUGUCUGUGUGUGUGUAAACAAAAGCAGGUCUGAACAUCCAACAUACACAAACAGACGUGACACACGUAGUUCAGUUUGGUGUGACGUUGCCGUGUAUGUGUGUGUGUGACAGAUUCCGCUCUUGAGCAGCAUUUUGAAGUGAAAAAAAUGUAUAGAAAAAAAACAUUGAUAGAAAUAAUUUUUUUCAUUCCUGUUCAUGUUAGGAACAAAUCUUACAUGUAAAAUACGUGUGUUUGUAGGACUUUGAGAACAGUUUUAAGGAUUCACUGUGUGUAUGAGUGUGUAUUGUUGCUUUUUGGAAUAUGUGUUUGUGUAGUUUGUAUGAUUGUGUGAAGCAUGAAUGCUACUGUGAUAGAAAUAUAUGAAUUUUAACAUCUUUAUUUAAAUAUGUGUUACCAGAUUUUCUACAGAAUAGAACCUAUUGUGUUUGUAUUGCCGUUGCUCGAGUCGACACUGAGGAGAACCGUGACCUGAGCUGACCUUUAACAUGCGUCGUCAUCUGUGAACCAGCUGUUUAAGACACUGUUUAAGAAAAGCGCAUCUUUAAGUUAAGCACACUGUUAUUUUGUUUUGUUUUCCAAACUCUUUUGUCAAGAAAUCAUUUAUAAACGUGGAUAUUUCUCAGUCACAAAGGAGGACGAUUGUGGAAUGUAGCAGAAUGUUAUCGCAGUUAUCCAUUUACACGUUUAAUGUUGUUCCUCCAAAAACAGAAAAGAAAAUCCUGCACACUCUUCUACCAUAUGCACACAUUUGUGUGAUGACAUUUCAGCCUUCGGGCCUUCUUCAAGAGCAGCAAGAAAUACUGUGACUUUGACACUGAUUUAUACAACUAUCAGUGCAUGGGUAAUUUGACAUUGUGAUAUACAUAAAAAAAAAGAAUAUUUCCAAUAUAAAAACAUGGGAACCAUGUCAUAAAUACCUUUUUAUGUGUGCAUCUAUAUAUCGAAUGAGAACAAGGGUCAAUCAUAAAAAUAACAUUAGGUCAAAGUCAAUGUUCAGUCCAUGUGGUAACAAGGUUUUUAAUGGUGAAAAGUAAAACUUCAGUUACCUUAACUUACCUCCUGAAUAUCAAUUUACCUAAGGGGGGGAAUUGGAUGGUUAAAUUAUUUUUUUCUGUGCUCCACAAUUCAAAUUUUGAAUGCUCUAUUUGGUUUGGCAACAUAUGACUUUCCAAGUGAUAGAUGACAGAUCGUUUUAUGGGACUAUCUUUACCUGUAUGUAUGGAAGAGAAUUGCAAAAACAAAGCAAGAAUUCUGAUGUUUUUCUCAGAACUGCCUUUUUUCUCAGAAUUCUGAGAUUAGAGAAAAAAAGUCAGAAUUCUACAAGCUGUAUAUUGUCCCUUAUCCAAACAAAAACUUUUAUUUUGAAAUUCUGUGAAAUAUUGUUAUUGUGAUAUAGUUUUAAGAUCAUAUUGCCCAACUAGUUCGACUUUUUUUCCUCCGACAGACCAGACUAGGUCCUCAGUGGCCCCCAGGUCAUUUGAGUUUUUCAGACCCCUGCAUGAGGAAGUAAAGUGCACACCAGAUGCACUUUGAUCCACUCAUAACAACAGUUGGAUUUUUGUCCCUUUAGGGCCUUGACAUUGUGGUAAAAUUCAGUUUUUCUGUAUGUUAAAAUGUCAAAUUAGCAACUGAUUGUUUGCUCCUUCACAACUUCCAGAGGUCGAUCGUUGUGAUUGCCAGCACAUGUGUCAAAUAGGAGUGACCUUCAUUAUAAAUCAGUGUGCGUUACAUUUUCCAUGAAAUAUUAUAUUACUUCUGCCUCUCAUGCAUUUCUGUCUCUUCUGUUCUCAAUCAUUUUUGUGUAUUGGUUUGUUGGGCAUUUCGUCUUUUACAUUUAAAACACGUCACAUAAAAACUUGUGUGACAGCAAAACUGUCAUAGCUGUCGUUCAUUUGCACAAACACGCACUCAAACAUUUAUCCGUAGUACUUGCAGACUUGUCUGAAAGGAAAUUACUUGAACGAACCUCUUUGAUUCAGAUUGUCAUUGGCUCAAAGAGUCGAGAACUUAAUGUGCAAAAAGAAAAGGAUCAGGACGGGACUCAGGUUGGCUCAGCGGGACUUGAAUGUUAGUGUAAAAAUGAUUUUGACCUGAUGUUACUUUUUUGAGAAUUCAACUAUGUUGGUGUGUUGAACUAAAAAGUGAAGUCAAUAAAGAUUUAUGGGACCUUUUUAAA